UUUGUGCUGGAGAAGAUGGCGGCGCGGGCGGGCUUCCAGUCGGUGACUCCCAGCGGUGGCGGCGGCGGGGCCGCCGCCGGGGCCGGAGCGCUGGGCCCGGGCACGCCGGGCGGGCCGGUGCGCAUGGGCCCGGCCCCGGGACAGGGCCUGUACCGCUCGCCGCUGCCGGGGGCCGCCUACCCGCGCCCCGGGAUGUUACCGGGCAGCCGCCUGGCGCCGCAGGGCCCCUCCAUGGGGCCGCCCGGGUACGGCGGGAGCCCAGCGGUGCGGCCCGGCAUGGCGCAGGCCGGCCUGGACCAGGCCCGCAAGAGGCCCGCGCCGCAGCAGCUGCAGCAGGUGCAGCCCCAGGCGGUGCCCAACCGCAACCACAAUGCUAAAAAGAAGAAGAUGGCAGACAAAAUUCUACCUCAGAGGAUUCGUGAACUUGUGCCUGAGUCUCAAGCUUAUAUGGACCUGCUGGCCUUCGAAAGGAAAUUGGACCAGACGAUCAUGAGGAAACGCUUGGAUAUCCAGGAGGCUUUGAAACGGCCCAUUAAGCAAAAGCGAAAGCUACGUAUUUUUAUCUCCAAUACCUUCAAUCCAGCCAAGUCGGAUGCUGAGGAUGGUGAAGGAACAGUGGCUUCCUGGGAGCUUCGAGUGGAAGGACGGCUGCUAGAAGAUUCUGCUUUGUCCAAAUAUGAUGCCACCAAACAGAAAAGAAAGUUCUCAUCCUUCUUUAAAUCUCUGGUUAUUGAACUUGAUAAAGACCUCUAUGGCCCUGACAAUCACCUGGUAGAGUGGCACAGAACUGCUACAACUCAGGAGACAGAUGGCUUCCAGGUGAAGAGGCCAGGAGACGUCAACGUGCGCUGCACUGUCCUUCUGAUGCUCGAUUACCAGCCUCCCCAGUUCAAACUGGAUCCCCGCUUGGCUCGUCUCCUGGGGAUCCACACUCAGACUCGCCCAGUGAUCAUCCAGGCUUUGUGGCAAUAUAUCAAGACCCACAAGCUGCAGGACCCUCACGAGCGGGAGUACGUCAUUUGUGACAAAUACCUCCAGCAGAUAUUUGAAUCCCAGCGGAUGAAGUUCUCUGAAAUUCCACAAAGGCUUCAUGCACUGCUUAUGCCUCCAGAACCGAUCAUCAUUAAUCAUGUGAUCAGUGUUGAUCCUAAUGACCAGAAGAAAACAGCCUGCUAUGACAUCGAUGUGGAGGUGGAUGACACCUUGAAGACUCAGAUGAAUUCAUUCCUGCUGUCAACUGCCAGUCAACAGGAAAUUGCUGCUCUGGAUAACAAGAUCCAUGAAACAAUAGAGACAAUUAACCAGCUGAAGACCCAGCGUGAGUUCAUGCUGAGCUUUGCCCGAGAUCCUCAGGGCUUCAUCAAUGACUGGCUCCAGUCCCAGUGCCGGGACUUGAAGACGAUGACUGAUGUUGUUGGGAAUCCUGAAGAGGAGCGUAGAGCUGAGUUCUACUUCCAGCCAUGGGCUCAGGAAGCUGUGUGCAGAUACUUUUACUCCAAGGUUCAGCAAAGACGGCAGGAGCUGGAGCAGGCCCUGGGAAUCCGCAACACAUAGGCCCUCAUCUCCUCCCCAUCCAGAAGGCAUCAGAGCUGCUUGUGGAGACAGGGUGCUGCAGAGCACGCAGUUAAGGCUCACGUAACCACGCUGUGGUGCCAAGGCCUGCACCGUCAUCCAUCCUGGCAUUGUCUCUGCUGGGGCAGCUCUACGACACCUGGGGUCUUCUGGGGUGUGGCAAGCAGACAGGCUCCAACAAGUACACACUUCUACCUGGUUUUCUUCCUGACGGUUGCCUUGUCAGUCCCAAGGCUUCCAAGAGCCUCCCCUAGACUCCGUGCUGCCUGUAGUGUCCCCAGUAGCCAGUUUGAAUGCUGACUUUGAGCUCCUCUCAAGUUCAGAAACUCUUCCUCUUCCCGUUCCUCUUCAACUAGCAUCUAGUUGUGGCACACAUGAGACCUGACUGGGAAGUCAGGAUCUGCUCAAAGGGCAGAGUUCUGUGACUAGUCUGGUCUCUGCCUCAGUUAGUAGCAAGGUACCGGGAGAUGGAGUGGGCAGGAUGCUGACAUACCUCCAGCCCUCCCCUCCCUCGCUGGGAGGGGGCUGCUGCACUGGGCUGCCUCACAGGUCACUCUCCUCCUUGAGGAAGUUACUGGACUGCAUAGAGAAUUGUUUCUUCCCUUGUCCCUUUUUCCUUGUCCUGCUCCCUUCACGUUCAUGAAAGACUGCCUUGAGCUGGGAAUCACAGGGGAGAUGAAGCAUCGUCUCACUGCACAGAUGUGGAAGUGCUGGAGAGCUGAGAAAAAGCCUCGGCUUAUGGUUCCAGCAAGCCAGCUGGCUGCUUGCUUUCCCUGUAGAGGGAGGGAAUGCAGCAGCUGCCCAGUGCAAUUGUGCAGGGGCAGAGUACUGUAUGCUCAUUCCUUUGGGACUGUUAUCACAUGUCAUUUGCUGUGGGGACCAGAGGCUCCUUCCUGUGGGUCUGGGAGUACAGAUCCAUCCCUUGGGAGUGGAUGUAGCCCCAAGCAUGUAUUGAGUUAGCAGAUGUUUCCAUGCUGAAACUCCUGUGUUUUUGAGUCAAGUUAUGGAUCAGGAAUGUACAAGUAGACUUUUCUUUUUUACCAUGGGGAGUAGCAGCUCUUAUGCCUCUUCGUGGAAUUAUUUACUAGUGAACCAGGGGUCAGGUAUAAGAGAAGGACCUCUCUCAGCCUAGAUCUCAGUAUUUCUGCUUGGAACUGUAAUGCAAAUGGACUGUAAAGCAAAGUUGGUCGCGUUCUCUUGGAACAGCUGCGAAAUGUUACUGACAGCCCUCCACAUCCCUGCACCCUGCUGUGGUGUGGUUGGGAAGGUUGCUGUGAUUUUGGGAGCCCUACCCAUGUCUGUGUUCCCACAUGUCUGUGAGUAAUAGACCCUCCCCUUCUCCUUUGCCCCCUUUUGAAACUGCUCCUCUGUGGUACUGGGGUGAAGGUCUUGGUGCUGAUAAAGCAGCCCAGUGACUCCUCAGGGUAGUUGCACAUGAAGGAUGCUGAACACUGCGUAGGCAAACAUAGCUGUUGCAGAAUAACUGCUUUUCUUAACUAUUACGUUGGUUGGGUUUUUUUUUUCCCAUGGACCAAAUCUUUUUUUUUUUUUUUUUUGUACUGUAUCCUUGUAGAUGUCACCCAAUUUUAAUAAAAGCCUGUGAAAGAAGCUGUCCUCCUUCAGUGCUGACAGUACGCUUUCUCUCAGCAGCUGCCUUGGUGGAUGACAACUCGUGUAUUUGCCUGGGAAGGAAGAGGAUUAAUUUCACUUUUUAAACAAAGCCAGCUGGUUUAAGGAACUGCAGAGAAAAUGUUCUUCCCACUUCAGCUUUUUGCACGGUGCCUUUCUUGAAAGGAUCUCUGGCUGAUGGAGUCCACUGAGCCUUGCCAGGGUGCUUUUGUGGUAAAAGAGCAAAGGAUUUUGAGCAAAAAGGGAAAUCCAGUGGCCAAGCUGCAGCUGAAUGCUAGCCAGCCUAGUGCCCACACCGCAAAAUUUGGAGAAAAAGGUUACCUGGAUGUGUUAAGAGCUGUGCAGAAGGGGCUUUGCCCUUAGGUAACGCUUUGCACAAAGCUUGAGGACUCUCAUGAGAUCCUGAGCACAGAAGCAAGGGCAGCUCCUAAGGUCAAGCAGUCAGGGCUGCUGCUUGCUGCUGAGGUUAAGGC